AUGGCGGGCACAAUUGCGCCCGGCGCCAUGAACGGAUUGAACAUGUCCCCCGCCCUCUCCAACAACGCUCUGCCCGGCCUCAAUAUCCAAACCGACCUGGGCAAGAAACCCAGCGCACCACGGACGCCGCGCGUAGAUGUCGAGCCGCUGUACACGGCUGUGAAGAGCGCCAUCAGCGACGCAGACUGGACCACGUAUAAGAAAGCGCUGUCUUUCUUCUUGCUAGGCAACUUGAACCAAGAAGAACUCUCGCACUCCUUAUCUCGCAUCCUCACCACCCCGGCCCUCGAACACGCACACAAUGCGCUUUUUACAGCGAUAUAUGCAAAUGCCUGGCGAGAUCCGCCCGAAGCUGGCAUUGCGAGCUGGGUCAGCAGUAGUGACAAGCCGAGCAGCGGGACCGUCAAGGGGACGCACGACGAGAGCGAGAAGAGGCUGAAACACGAGGUCAUGCAAUUAAGCCGCCGCGAGCGGAAGCGAUUGAAAACCAUACCAACAGCAGACGGAGAUGCGGGCGCCGUGGUGCAGGAAUACAUCGAGGCGCGGAAGGUGAAGCAGCCCGAGAGCGGUCCCGUAGGGGGUAACCAAGGAGGAGGAUUCGGCAAGACGAACUGGGACCUCGAAAUCCGCAAACGCUACACUUCCUCCCUCUUUGCCGAAACACACGAAUUCCCCACCCCCACCACAAUAACCCACCGCCUCCUCCCGACAUGCUACGAAUUCGGCCUCCCCCAAGGCCACGCCCCCGACUGCGCAGAGUUCCUCAACAUCGCAACAGAGACGUACAUCAAAGAGGCCCUCAUGUCGCUGCUCGGCAAAGUCUGCACAAACGGGCCGGGAUUCGUGAAGACGGCUGAGUUCAAAAAACGCCUCGAGCGCGACGGCGACGCCGUCGAGAUCGAGGAGCGGCGCAAGCGCAAAAUGCUGUGCAUGGAGGAUUUGCAACUGGCACUGCGCCUGGGCGAUGGGUAUUUGGGCCAGACGCCCAUUAUCGCCGGGCAGGUGCUGCAUUCGCGAUGUUUGGAUACGCAGGGUGUCGAGGACUUGUAUGCGUGGCAGGAGGAGAGGGAGAUGAAUGGCAAGGGGGGCGAGGUGUGGAGUGUGGAUUUGAGUAUGGGGGAUGCGGGGGAGCCGAUGCAGAUUGAUGGCGAGGAGAGUUGGCAGGGGGCGGAUGCGGAGGGGUUGGAUGGCGUGUUGGAUGAUGUGUUGAAUUUUGCGGAUUUAUAA